UCGCUGCGCGUCGGAUGGUAUGUUGCGUCGUUCCCCGUGCGGUCACACUGUCCUCAAAAACUACGGUCGUGCGUCAACGUUAGCGAAAAAUGCAAAAUUAAAUAUGUUGUGAGUAGCGAGCGAUGCCAAAUCGAAUAUGUUUUCCACUGCAUACAGAAAAAUAAACAAAUACAAGAAGCAUAAAGUAUGCAGAAAAUUAAAUACAAAAGGAGCCACUAAGUGUUUCGUGUGAAAUCAAUUUGAGAGCGUUCGUCGUCGUCGUACAUACUUUUCCGUUUCAAUUACACUACAAUGAAUAUUUGUUGAAACUUCGUUGCAUUUACAGACUGGUGUUUAAAAACAACAACAAGAAACGACAAACAAAAUAUUACAACAGCAGCCCUCACACACACGGAAAACAAGAAAGAAAAAAAUAUCUACAUAUAUAAAUAGUAUCAUAUUUACAUUAAAAAGGAAGCCGAACAGACGUAAACGUAACUUUUAUAUUACAAAGCACCAGUAAAAAUAAAAAUAAUUCACCAACUACACACGUUCCUUAAAAACAAACGUUUUCCAAACCGCAAACCAACUAAAAACGAAAUGCUUUUGAAAUUAGUUUAAGCUAACUAAAAUUAAAACGCAUAACCAACAAAUAAACCGCAAGAAAUCCGCGUGAUUAAAUUUAACAAAAGAAAAUAUAAAAACAGACCGAAAAUCGGCAGGGAACCAAAAAAAAAAAAAGCGAUAAACCUGGAAGAACUAAGAUCCGCGUAUUACAUAUUUUUUCUAUAAAAUAGUGCUAGCAAAAACCAAACGAGAGGAUAGCCGGAACAUCUUUUUGGAGAAUCUCGUCUAAAUACGUUUAAUAUUGUCUCCGUUAAAUCAAUAAAUGUUCUUGGAUCGUUCGAUGUGUUCUUCGUUCACGUGUAUCCAUCACUCUCAGCCUCCGAGUUACCGAAAUCUGGUCAAGGACUUAUCGUAGACUUCUGUAACUAGCAAUAGCAUUAGAGCCAAAGAGAGCCUGGAUCGUCAACGCUGGAGGAUAUCUGCAGAGCGAGCAACGCCGAAGUACAAAUGCAUCAAUCGAAACUGAAACUGAAACCGAAUCUGAAUCUGUAACUUGAAGCGGACACGUUGAGGUCAGCGCCCAUCACACAACCAACUAGAUAGGUGACAGCGGGUCAGAGAAGGAAGUCCAGGAGACCAGGAGACCAUCCCACCAUCCAAACAGCAUACAUUUUCUAAGCGGAACGGCGGGUCGAGCGUAGUGGCAGCAGCACGCGAAAGCGUCCACAAAUCUAGUUAGCAUGGAGUGCUGUUUAUCGGAGGAGGCCAAGGAACAAAAGCGCAUCAAUCAGGAAAUCGAGAAGCAGUUGCGCCGAGACAAGAGAGAUGCGCGCCGCGAGCUUAAACUGUUGCUGCUGGGCACUGGCGAGUCCGGCAAGUCGACGUUCAUCAAACAGAUGCGUAUUAUCCACGGCAGUGGCUACUCGGACGAAGACAAGCGUGGGUACAUCAAACUGGUAUUCCAGAACAUAUUCAUGGCCAUGCAGUCAAUGAUCAAGGCCAUGGACAUGCUGAAGAUUUCCUAUGGCCAGGGAGAGCAUAGCGUAAGUGAAUAUAUUGUAUAUCUAUGGCCAAACAAUGAUAUGUUUAAUCACAAUAUGAUCCGCACACAGGAACUGGCCGACCUGGUGAUGAGCAUCGAUUACGAGACCGUUACCACGUUCGAGGAUCCAUACUUGAAUGCCAUCAAAACGCUAUGGGACGAUGCUGGCAUUCAGGAGUGCUACGAUCGUCGUAGGGAAUAUCAGCUGACUGAUUCAGCCAAAUACUAUUUGAGCGACUUAGCUCGAAUUGAACAGGCUGAUUACUUGCCAACCGAGCAGGAUAUUCUGCGUGCUCGAGUGCCGACAACUGGCAUUCUUGAGUAUCCAUUCGAUUUGGAUGGCAUUGUGUUUAGAAUGGUAGACGUCGGAGGUCAGCGAUCCGAGAGAAGAAAGUGGAUUCAUUGUUUUGAGAAUGUGACAUCAAUUAUAUUUUUGGUAGCGCUAUCAGAAUACGAUCAAAUCUUGUUUGAAUCUGAUAAUGAGAAUCGAAUGGAGGAAUCUAAAGCUUUAUUUCGUACUAUAAUUACAUACCCAUGGUUCCAAAAUUCGUCAGUUAUUCUUUUCCUGAACAAAAAGGACUUGCUGGAGGAGAAAAUAAUGUAUUCGCAUUUGGUAGACUAUUUUCCUGAAUACGAUGGUCCACAGAGAGAUGCAAUAGCGGCCCGAGAAUUCAUACUGCGAAUGUUUGUAGAUUUAAAUCCAGAUUCCGAAAAAAUUAUCUAUUCUCAUUUCACCUGUGCUACAGAUACGGAAAAUAUUAGGUUUGUGUUUGCAGCUGUUAAGGACACAAUUCUGCAAUCGAACCUUAAGGAAUACAAUUUGGUCUAAACUGGAUUUGGAUCAAAAAACUAUUUUUGUGAUUUUUAUACAAACACACAUACACAUUCAUAUAAUUCCUUUUUCGCAUAUUUACUAAAUAUAAAAGAAGAAUUGAGCAGCAAGCGAAUGUGGCCGAAAAUUAGGCAUUAAUUAGACCCGAGAAUGUAACAUCAGGAACCGAAAAUUGUAGCAUAAAUAGAAUACUAAACUGAGAUGGUAAUCCAGCAUCAACAAAAUGAUAGAAAUGAUGUAUACAUUUUAAUUUGAGAGAAUAAUAACACAAAAUCUGAUACAAGUACUAGUACAGGGUGACAAUCAAUAAUUAGGACAAUGUUUCUCGCUUUACUCUACGUAUAUAUCGAAUCGUAGAAAUAUAAUAUAUAGGUAUUUCAAUUUUAUAAUUUUUGUCGAACAAAUGCUGUGUGCUUUUCAAACUGUUGGGUAAAGGAAAAAAGUCAAAAAGACAGUAACCAGAAAUGAAAUAGUAAUUGGUUAGAUUGAAAUGAAAUCACUAGGUUUUUCGGAUUUAAAUCUGAAGGACUGUAACGUGAAUUUAACCUUUCCAAUUAAGUGCAGUUUUUUCGAGAGUUUUUAUACAAAAUUCAAGUCCAAGUUAUUUAUUGCCACCCUGUAAUAUUUAAAUAAAUUUAUUACUAUAGUAACUUUUGUAAUAAAAACCGAAACAAAAAUAUAAAAGUAAAUUUAAUCAAAAGCUUGAUAGGGACAACAAACUGAAACAACUUUGUCGUACUGAAGCAUAAUAAAGCAACAUUUUACUAAAAUAACUACAGAAUAAAAACAAAAUUUUGCGUAAAGAAUCCCCAGGAAUAUAUAUAUUCAAAGAAUUAUAUAUGCUAGAAGUUUCUUAUUAGAAUUUCAGGGCAUAUAAGGCGUGUAAAAAUAAUAAACCGAAAAUGAUAAGCUGAUAAAAUGAAUGAAAACGAAAUCACAGAUAAUACUGUAUUUUUUAUUAAGCUAAACCGUAAAUAUUGAUACUAUUGUUUACCGGAAUAUUUAACUAUACAUGCAAACAGAUAAUAUAAUAAUUCAUAAACGCAUAUGUAACAAUUAAUAAAUUGAAUAAUUUGUAUUGCGGCAGCCCCAUUCAUUGUAAAUUACGAUUCGUAUUAAUACCAUGAAAACAAAAAGAGAAACAACAGAGAAACGCGAAACCAAGCGAAACGUUAGGAGAUGAAUCUGUAAGAAAAACGCCAUUUACAUGGAGCAUCCAUUUAAAUAAUAACACAUGUUUGUAAAAAUGUCGAUAACCACCACCCAUGCAAAAACAGCAGAAUCCAUGCAACUUAUUGAUAUUUAAUCAGACAUCAGGUCAAAUUCAAUCAAAUGCGAUAUACCACUGGUCGAGAAACAUAACUAUCAGAAGGGAAAGUUUUGCUCUCACGUACUUUUGUUGCCAUCAAAAUUUCAGUCGAAACGAAUUGUUAUCAAAUAUAGCUUGAUUUUCGUACUUUUUACAUUAACUUUGUUAGUUGUUUGCUUAUUUUAUAGAUCUUAAUGUAUGCAACAAUGGACACACUUUGCGGCUGUCCAAUCGAUCGAGCCUGCCAAGUGCGUCCAGUGUUUUGUUUUUGUUUUUAUAAUUUUAGUUUAAUUUAAUAUACAAGGAUAACUAAAUGAGACGCACAUAAAUAGAAAAAAAACCCAUCAACAACAAAUUAUUUAUGUAAAAAUCCAAAUAAAACAAUUCUACUCUACGCAUAUGUGGAAAAAAAAAUAUAAAUAAAAAAAAAAUUGAAACGUACAUAUAUGUAAAAUAAAUAUGAAGCAAAAUGUUUUUCAUAAUUUAUUACACUUAUUUUGUUCAACCGAGAUUCCCUCAACUCAGUCAGUUGAAGUUGAAGUUGAAGUUUAGUUUAGUCGGGGCCACAGAAGAACACUUCGGCGAGACUUUUAGCAAAGGAAAAGACCCAUGGGAGUGGAGAAUUGAGAAUCCUAUAAACAAAAAAAAAAAAAAAACCAAUACGCAUCUUAGUUUAAGUACGAUUCAACAGUGUGUUGUAUAAAGCUUUAAUCCUCGUAACCACAUCUAGUAAAAAUAAAGUAAUUAAACCAUUUUUAUGAUUAACCAAUGGAUUAGCUUUUAAAAAGCUUCAAUAAGUCAAUGUGUAUUUUAAAAGAUGUAGCAGAGCCCAGAGAGCCAAUGAGUUUUGAGACCCGAUCGGCAUGGAUAUGGAAACGGUUUAGGUUCUCGAUGCGAAUAUCAAUUCUCAGCCCCUUUGGCUUGGCAUCCAAUUUGGUAGCUCCGAUUUCGGAUGGGCCCCAUCCGUAUUGUAUAUCCACGGCAUUAUAGACAUUCACACACUGACAUAUAUAUAGUUUUCCGUCCAAUGAAUUGCAUCAGCAGCGAGCAGACAAAGUCUCCCAUUUAUUUUGAUCUUGUUUCCGGUUUUGUUCUUGCGGCAAUUCCAUUUUAAAAUACAAAAAUGUUUCGGCGGUUUCAAUGUUUAAUAUUUCCGUUUUUUGCAGCCAUAUACACACACUCACACACUUAGGUCGUUUUCGUAUUUAUUUCCUAGCAUUUUGUGCCUUUCCACUAUCAAGAAUCACAUAAAGUAUAUAGAACAGGCUCCAGAAGCAGUCGAGUACUUUGGAAAUUGAUUAACCGCUUUUCCACAGGGUUUUACAUUGAACAUUAACGCACAACUGAAGCCUGUUCAAAACCCCAAACAAUUAAAUUAUCAGCAUGUGUGUAUUGCCAGAUUGUUGUGUUUUGGGUUGAAAGAUUGGUUCCUUAUUUUAAUGAUUCGCACCGAUAGUCAGACAGUUGUAUGUAAAUAUUUGGCAAAUUACUCGGGAAGGGGAAUUCGAAAACUUCCCGAGAUAUACCACAUAAUCGAGCAUAUGUAUGUAACUAUACAUUAAACUCAAUAAGAAACUAUAAUAAAAUGAGAAUUUGAUAUAAAUCAUUAAUGUAUGUAUUUUGUAUUUUUAUAUACAAUUUAUAAUUUUGAUUACACUUACAAUUGUUACAAUUAAUAACUAAAAUUAUAUGAUAAAACCAAAAUAAUACAGAUGAAUCUACUAGAUAUGUAUUUCCAAUAUAGAGAAAGCAAGUACAUAAUACACAAAUCCGAUGAUUGCUAAAGGAAUUUCAAAAUAUUGUAAGGAACUUAAGAUUAAACAAAGUAAACAAAGAAAUUUUCUAAGCAACAAACAAACUCAACCAGAACUGCAAGCAAAAGGGACAACAAUUUAAAUGGGAAAUGUAUGUAUUUGUGUAAAUCUAAAGCGGAAAGGAAGGAUGUAAUAUGAUCCUUGGGGCCUGAUACUCGAUAAGAAGGGCCACCAUUUUCAGAUUGAUGAAAACCAUUUAGGCGUGGCAUUCGGUGGCUAAUUUUUACUUUAACUAUGUAUGUAAAUGAAAGAAUGACCACAUUCCACAUAAGAAAGCUUGAAAAGCAAAGUACUAUUGAACAAGAAUCCCAAAUAGUAAUGAAAAUCUCCCUUGAUGUUGAAUAAAAAAACUACAUUCUCGAUCCGAUAACGAGAAUGACCAACCGAAUGUUUCGGUUACCCCAAGAACCCUAUAAACUCAGAAACGGGAUAAGCAGUAAGAAAUAUUAGUUGUGAGUUCGGCAUGUGGCAUUUGAUCGGUCGAUAUAAGGGAGUAAUAUUCGAGUCGCCGCGUUUCUCUAUUGCGCACCUAAGCAUAAUACAUACGUGUAAAUCAGAAGCUAAUGGACCCACUGGAUCCACUGGAACUGCAUGCUUAGCCUAGGAUUAAUGCAAAAACCACACAGAACCCCAAAACGGAGACAGUCCAACAUGUCCAUGGGCCGACUAUUGAUAACUGUAGCAUUUGAAUUGAUUGAUAUUGGACGGACGGGGUUUUCCUGGGUGUCUAUACAUUUGUCAUACAAAUCAUAUUGAAAACGGAGAUUGUAUGCGUGGCAAUUGUAACUAAACAAAUUUUUUAGAUAAUUAAAAGUAUCUAUGUACACCUUAAUAUUAAUGAAAAAACCAAUAUAAUAUAAAUAAAAGUAUAUUGAAAAGAAAA